AUGCGCCCCCUGGUCGGGCGUGUGUGUGUCUCCGCAUCCUGGCUGCGUGCAUGCGGGUGCAGCCCCGUCUGUGCCCGUACUUUUUUCUGCAUUCCCGGGGGGUGCGUGCGGGCCGCCCCGCCAGGCCCAGCGCGACGUUCCCCGAGCUGUACUCCGCGACUCGCUGCCCCGCGGAACCACGGCCUUUACCGCUCGCAGGCGGCCGACUCCGAACCGUCGGUGCCCGGAGACCGUCCCGCGGCGCGGGCGGGCGGUGCUGAGGGGACCCGGCCCUGCUCGUGGAGCACCGGCCCGGCCGCACGGCGGGCAGGCACAGCUCGGGGCGGGCGCAGCCGGGGCGCAGCGGUGCAGGAGAACCGCGCAGCCCUUCCCCGAGCAGCGGCCACUCCCCAGAAGGGCUCUGCAGCCCGCGGCUCAGCCCGACGGAGCGCCCGGGGCGCCACCCCGCCGUUCGGUGCUCCUACCCCGACGGCCUUAGCCCCCGGGCCGGCUCCGCAGGCCGCCGACGGGUCUGGGUCGUCUCGAGGGGACACUUGCAGCGUCCAGCGUCGCCGGAACGGGAGCCGCAGCGGAGCGGCUCCUCAGCCCGGGAAGAGUGCAUGUCGGGUGCGCUCGGCGAUGAGUGAUGCAGCCCCCUCUCCCUCUCUCGAAAGAAUAAAUGUAAGCGAGCUGCAAAGUGUAGUUACUAAUAACAAUAACAAUAAAUUACCGUGCUGUUGCUCGAUAGCACAAACAAACGAUCGCCGUGAACCACGCGGUGCCUUCCCGCGCCUCGCAGCCGCCCCUCCCCGGGGACCGGCCCGUCCCCAGCGGGCGGCUGGCGGGGACGGCCCGCCAAGGCCGAUGGGGCUCGGCCCGCAGCGGGUGGGGGCUUCGCUCUGGCCUCGGGGAGGGACCCUUCUCUCCCGGCAGCCUCGUGGAACAGGUGACCGGUCAGCGACGAGGCCGGAGCAGUGCUAGGGAGCAGGGCCGGUGCCCCGGUGGCCCGGGGUGUAGCCGGCGGGCGGGUGGGUAGGUGGGUGGGUGGCCUGGAGCUGGCACGGGCCCGCUCCCCGGGCCUGCAGUGAUCGGUGCCGGCGCAGCCUUUCAAAGGGCCCGACCCCUCCGAGGGAGCCCCGGGAACCCCCGCGCCGUCUCGGCGAGAGCGGACCGGCAGGCCGCGGUCGAAGGCUGCUCUCUGUGGAAGGCGGCGAGCACCGAGCCGGUAUUUUAAUUAAGCAGGGUCUCUUUGAUAUAUGCAGCCUGAUGCUAUCUCUGUGCGCUGUUCCCUUCACGGCAGCUUUUGGGUAGGAAAAUUGCUGAGAAAGCUGGAUCACAUGGACUGUCUGAGCUGCUCAGAGCAGCGCCAGAAAGCCCCGGGGAAGUCAGCGGGUGCGUGUGUGAAUGUGCGCGGCGCGCUGGGAGUUCCAGCUCUGCUGUGGUGCGGUGCGCGCUGUGUACAUUUUCGGGGGGCCUGGAGGAACUAUAGUCAAUUUACCAUGAUUAAAGGCACAAGCAAGGAGGCGCCACA